AUGGAUAAACUAAAUAGCUCCACAGUAUCUGAAUUUGUGCUGCUGGGACUCUCUACUUCUUGGGAAACUAAAGUUUUUCUUAUGUUGGCAUUCUCCUUGAUCUUUUUAGGGAUCAUCCUGGGAAAUCUCUUCAUUGUCUUCUUGGUGAUUGCUGAUUCUAACUUACAUUCUCCUAUGUACUUCCUGCUGGCUAACCUCUCCUUGAAUGAUGUGGGGUUUUCCUCAGUCACAGUUCCCAGAAUGAUCACAGACCUUUUAAGUGAACACAAUGUAAUUUCUUUCCAAGGAUGUAUGACACAGAUAUGCUUCAUCCACAUCAUGGGAGGAAUGGAAUUGGUGUUGCUCAUAGUCAUGGCAUUUGACAGGUACAUUGCAAUCUGUAAGCCUCUUCACUACUUGAACAUUAUGAGCCCUAAAAGGUGUGUUUCCUUCAUAGCUCUUGGCUGGGUAGUAGGNUUUGUGCAUGCCAUCAGUCAGCUGCUUCUGAUUCUGGAGCUGCCCUUUUGUGGACCCAGAGUAGUGGACAGCUUUUUCUGUGAUAUUCCUUUGGUGCUGAAAUUAGCCUGCAUGGAUACUGAAACUUUGGGGUCCAUUAUAAAUGCAGACAGUGGUGUUUUGGCAACAACUUGUUUCAUUCUCCUGCUGGUCUCCUAUACUUACAUUCUAUUAACUGUCCGCCUUCACUCUAAAGACGGUGCAUCCAAAGCACUAUCUACCUGUACCUCCCACAUCAUAGUGGUGGUGCUGUUCUUUGGACCUUGCAUUUUCAUCUAUCUGUGGCCAGUCAGUAUCACAUGGGUGGACAAGUUUCUUGCUGUAUUUUACACAGUUAUCACACCUGUUCUGAACCCAGCUAUUUAUACACUAAGAAACAAAGAUAUUAGGAAUUCCAUAAAGAAACUAGUAAGUCAUCAUGUGAAUUCAAGGAAUAUUUGUUAG